AUGGUUUCCUCUGAUUGUCUUGUUGCCGACAAGUCUGGCAAACUGUUUCAGAAACAGCUAUGCUUAUCCAUCACACCUCCAAGUUCUGUUUUGAACGAAAACGUCGAGCUUGACUUCUCUGAUGUGUUUGGUCCACUGCCUGAAGAGGAAGCCAGUGACGCUGCUUACGACGAGCCUGCUGUUGUCUACAGUCGGUCCCACUCAUUGGUUGGCCCGUCUGUGAUUGGUUGUCAAUCUUUCAAGCUGAACAAGCUUACCUUGCGAGAGACCAGUGACUCUGUUGACUUGGUGGAAUGUGAAUCAUUGAAAGAAAACGACGAACUCUCUGGUAGUGAUGACACUGACAACGAGAAAGCUCCAGAGGGAGAUCUGGUGAAGGUCUCAGGAGUGGUAGGGAUUGAUGAUUUUGAGGUUUUGAAAGUUUUGGGGCAAGGUGCGUUUGGGAAAGUGUACCAGGUGAGGAAGAAGGAUACAUAUGAGAUAUAUGCGAUGAAGGUGAUGAGGAAAGAUAAGAUUAUGGAGAAGAACCAUGCAGAGUACAUGAAAGCUGAGCGUGACAUUCUUACAAAGAUUGAUCAUCCUUUCAUUGUGCAACUGAACUACUCUUUUCAGACUAAGUAUAGGCUUUAUCUUGUGCUUGACUUUAUAAACGGAGGCCAUCUUUUCUUCCAGCUCUAUCAUCAAGGCCUUUUCAGAGAGGACUUGGCUCGUGUGUACACUGCAGAAAUUGUCUCCGCACUUUCUCAUCUCCAUGAGAAAGGCAUAAUGCAUAGAGAUCUCAAACCUGAAAACAUUCUCAUGGACGUAGAUGGACAUGUGAUGCUAACUGAUUUUGGUUUAGCGAAGGAGUUUGACGAAAACAAAAGAUCAAACUCCAUGUGUGGGACUACUGAGUAUAUGGCACCUGAAAUCGUUCGUGGAAAAGGACAUGACAAAGCUGCUGACUGGUGGAGCGUUGGGAUUCUUCUCUAUGAGAUGCUCACUGGAAAGCCACCGUUUCUUGGGAGCAAAGGAAAGAUACAGCAGAAAAUAGUGAAGGACAAGAUCAAACUUCCACAGUUUCUGUCCAGUGAAGCUCAUGCCUUGCUGAAAGGGCUGCUGCAAAAAGAGCCAGAAAGGAGACUAGGAAGUGGACCGAGCGGAGCAGAGGAGAUUAAAAAGCAUAAAUGGUUCAAAGGAAUGAAUUGGAAGAAGGUGGAGGCUAGAGAAGUGAAGCCAAGCUUCAAGCCUGCGGUGUUGGGGAUACAAUGCAUAGCGAAUUUUGACAAGUGUUGGACUGAUAUGUCUGUGCUGGAUUCUCCAGCAAGCAGUCCCAGCUCGGAUCCUAAGGCUAACCCUUUUACUAACUUCACAUACGUCAGGCCUCCUGCAUCGUUCCUUCAACGGACCACAUCAACUUUGUAA